AUGGCAGUUGAUGUGGAAUGGGAGGAAGUAGGGCCAGCGCAGCAGCGUCAUUACCGUCGCGUUUCCCAGCAGUGGGCAGAAUCUGAAGGUGGUGUGAUACACGAGCUUCUGCACCUCAUGAGCAGUACAACAUUUGUUCGAAUGCUAGCAGACUGCACGGAUUUACAACUCACCAACUACAGUCGACUGGAGCUGCAGCAAUGGCGGCCGGGAGAUUACACUCUGCUGCCGGCGUCGCGCGAGGCGUACGGCAGCGCGCGGCUGGAGGCCGUGCUGUACGCGGGCGCGUCGCGGCCGCUGUGCGGCGGGCACACCAGCUACGUGGCGCCGGAGGACGAGCCCGACUGCCCGGACGCGCUGGUCACCGUGCCGCCGCAGAACAACGCGCUCAGCCUCGUGUACUGCGACGCGGGCGCCGCCGCCUUCACCAAGUACUACGCGCGCCUCGCCGCCCGCCCCCACGACUGCUUCUACAUCCUCGCCUGCACCUACACCGAGCGAGCCGAGUGCUAG